GCCGCCUAUAAGAUGCUGCGAAAGGCAGGACAUCGCCUUUACGGGAGACCCAGCGCUUACGAGCUCGUCCAGAGACUACCUUUCGGGCUCUACCUAAAGUAUCUAGGAGACCCCGACGGGUUUUGCAACGAGUUCAACGCCUUGCAAAUGGUCCGCCAGUAUACUUCGGUCCCGGUGCCUCAGCCGCUUGACUUGGUCAUUAUGCCAACAGAAUCAGAUGACCCAUUUUAUUCCCAUGAUGCAUACCUUCUCACGUCCCGCGUUCCAGGCAUACCUCUUUCACGCUGUCACGAUUUGCUAUCAGACAAAGACGGCGCUGAGUUUGUUGCUCAGAUGCAGGACUACCUGACCCAAGUACGAGCUAUCCCCAAGACCGUCAGCCCAGAAUAUGCCAUCUGCGACACUUUGGGCGGGGCAUGCAGAGACCCUCGCAUUCACGAAGCUAAUCCUGUCGGGCCUUUCGUGGACGAGGCGGCUUUCAGCCAGGUCCUGCGGAACCCGGACGAGCCGAGCCGCAGAGGACACAAGGUUGUGUUCACGCAUGCAGAUCUGAAUUCCCGGAAUAUCUUGGUUGACCGGGUCAUCCGGCCGGAUGGGUCUCGGGGCUGGACGGUGACGGGGAUCGUAGACUGGGAGAAUUCCGGGUACUACCCCGAAUAUUGGGACUAUACUAAGGCGUUGUUUGAGGGAUUCAGGUACACUCAGCGGUGGCGCGACUUCAUGCACGAUAUCUUUAAGCCGUUUGGGGACCUGUCAAAGGAGUUCGAGAUCGAGAAGAGAAGUUGGGAAGAGGGCGAUUAUGUAUGAACGGCAAUGCUACGCGACUAAUGCUCCGCCGCGGCAUGGCACCUCUCUAAUCACUG